AGUGCGGAUUGCGUUCUGAAAUGUAGUGUUCUGUAGUGUAGUUGCUUAUCAUUAUAAGGUGAUGCCCCUCGCGGAAAGAUGUCUCACAGUAACUGAAGAAUAAAUACUUUUUCAAGAAUAGUAAAACAUCUUAUAUAUUCGUUUUAAAUAAAGAAGAUGGUUGGAGCUAGAGAGCGAUCCAGGCUUAUUUACUCUCCUCUUAGAGGAUUUUGGUGUAAAAGGCGUGCAAGUGGAAGAAAUUUACGACCUAAACAAACCUCUAGACUCAACUGUGUAUGGUUUCAUAUUCCUGUUCAGAUGGGUUGAAGAACGUCGGUCUCGUCGCAAGGUUGUAGAACAAACUGAAACGUUUGUUAAAGAUGAGGAUGUUGUGAACAACAUAUUUUUUGCACAGCAAAUGGUGCCCAAUAGUUGUGCAACUCAUGCACUCAUUUCCAUAUUGUUGAAUUGUCCAAAUAUUCAUUUAGGAGAGACUCUGACAAGACUGAAGGUUCACACACAUGGAAUGUCACCAGAAAACAAAGGCUGGGCCAUAGGGAACACUCCAGAGUUAGCAUGUGCCCAUAAUUCACACGCAAUGCCUCAGGCUAAAAGAAGAUUAGAAAAGGGAUCAUCUGGUGUUUCUACGGAAUAUGUUUUAGGGCGGUUUACUGGCGAAGCUUUUCAUUUUGUUAGUUUUGUGCCCAUUGGUGGACGAUUAUAUGAACUGGAUGGUCUUAAGCCGUUUCCAAUAGAUCAUGGACCGUGUAGCGAUGUGGAGUGGACAGAAAAGUUUAGGAAUGUAAUGACAGACAGGCUAGGCAUCAAUGAUGAGUACAGUGAGAUUAGGUUUAAUUUAAUGGCAGUAGUACCAGACAGAAGGUUGGCAAUUCAUCACAAACUUAAAAUGCUCAGAACCAACAAGCAAAUUGUAUUGGACGCUCUUUCGCACCUUGUCAAAAUAAAAGAUAAGACGACCAAUCAAGAGAAAAAAGAGUCACUUGUGACAGAAAAUGAUAAGCCAUCCACGGAAAAAGAGACCGCAGAAGUAAAACCUGAAGGACCGAGCGAGGAAGGUCAUAAUAUGGUGAAAAAAGAUGCAGAAAACCCUUCUAACAGUAAAGUCACCCUUUGUCCACUGGAUUAUGCAACACCUCUAACAAUUCAAACAUCCCCUGCACCAAGUACUUCUGGAACUGACACCUCAUCAGAUAUUGGAUCUGCCUUCAAUUCGCCAACUCAGGCUUGGAACUGGGCAAACACUGCGUCCCAAAACAGUCCUUCUUCAAAAGAUUUGAAGCGAUUUGUUGUGUUGAGAAUGGAGGGCGAAAACUCUACAGAAUCCAAACCAUUGGAAUCUGGCGAACGAAAAUCUGGAGGUGUACAUGCAAGAGUUCGGACCAGUGAUGGGGAUCCUGUAGUUGCAGAAAAAAAGCCGCAUGAGUUGUUGGAACCACAUACUUUCGCUCCAAAGGAUUUAUUGGCACUGUUAAGGAAUUUAGAAAGCGAGAUUUGUAUGUGCGAGAUGUCAUUGAAGGACGAGAACGAUAAACAAAAUAAAUAUAAAAUUGAUGACGGGAGAAGAACUCACAACUACGACGAGUUCAUUUGCACUUUUCUAUCCAUGUUAGCACAGCAGGGGAAAUUGGGUGAUUUAGUGGAACAGAACCUGGUUAUUCCUAAGAAACCCGGCGUUAAUACACCUCCAGCUCCCAAAACUAUUAAAACCACCAAGAAGGACACCAAAAAGAAGAAAAAGGGAAGAACGAAAGUUAAAAGGAAACGAUAGAUUAUUAAGAAUAUCCAUCUAUGCAUUAGUGUAUUAUUUUGUAUUAUUAUUCUUAUUAAAAUGAAUGAGGUGCUCA